AUGUGUCUUCUCGGGGAACAAAACGUUGUUGUGGAAAGACAAUUGGAACAUGAUAAAUUCUGGUGUAAGUUUAACCCAAACGGUAAGUACACAUUGGAGGCUUUGUGGAGACUUGUGGAUUCAAAAAUCACGAACAAAGGAGGCAAGCCAUUUAUAUGGCUCAAAAUAGUCCCGAUAAAGGUGUCCAACUUUGCAUGGAGGGCGAAGCAAGGGAGGAUUCCGGUAGCAGCUGCUCUGUUAAUGAGAGAUGUUCAAACUGACUCACUGAUCUGCAAACUUUGUAAUAUGGGUGAAGAAUCAGCAGACCAUCUGCUUACAAGCUGCUCUUUUGCUUCAGAAGUCAUUAAAAUGACUCUUAACUGGUGCAGAAUUCCUCAAGGGCAAUUUACAAAGGUGGCGGAGUUGCUAGAUUUUGGUGACCGAUAG